AUGAACUACAGCAAUGGAAACAUAGACUAUGAAGUGAUGCCGACGAUAUCCGAGGACGGUGUGGACCACGACGGUCCCAUGGACGAGCCCACCGACCGCGAUAACAUCGAGCAGGUAUUUGCCGGUUUGAAAGUGUGCUUUGUGACUUACGUACUUGGAUUUUCAGUUGAUGAUGAACAUGUUGGAAGACCGAGAUAAGUUGCAGGAGCAGCUGGAAAAUUAUAAAGUCCAGCUGGAAAAUGCUGCUUCUAGAACGAAAGAAGUCGAGAAAGAGCGAGACAUGAUGAAGCGACAGUUUGAAGUGCACACGCAAAAUUUGCCUUCGGUUCGUAUAUCCGGGCACAACUUUAUAAGAACUUUAAUUAUUUCAGGAACUCCAAACGAUGACGAGGGAAUUGUGCCAGCUCAAAGAACAGCUUCUGGAGAAGGAUGAAGAAAUUGUUGAGCUAAAAGCAGAACGCAACAACACACGGCUUCUCCUUGAACAUCUCGAAUGCCUGGUUUCUCGACACGAGCGAUCACUCAGGAUGACAGUUAUGAAGGUAAUUUUGGCUUCCGAAACAUAUAAUAGUCAUUCUCAUUCUCUUCCUUUCCUUUCUAUUCCAUACUUUUCUUUCAGAGACAGGCCCAAAACCACGCAGGCGUAUCUUCUGAAGUCGAGGUGUUGAAAGCCCUAAAAAGUCUGUUCGAGCAUCACAAAGCACUUGACGAAAAGGUAUUCGCUAUUCACGCCCUCUAAUUGGCCUAAUCAUCGUGUUUUUAGGUUCGUGAACGUCUUCGCGUGGCGAUGGAGCGUGUUGCGACACUUGAAGAAGAGCUGAGCACAAAGGGAGAGGAGAACUCGUCUCUGAAAGCACGCAUUGCGACAUACGCGGCCGAGGCGGAAGAAGCGAUGGUAAUUAUUCAUCAAAAAAGAGGGCGCUUCUCAAUUUUUUGUUCAACGAGCUUCAGGCUUCCAACGCGCGCACCAAUGGUUCAAUUAGCAGCGAAAGUGCAAACCGACUCGUCGAAAUGCAGGAAGUGUUGGAGAGGAUGAAGACGGAAUUGUCGAAUACUCUCAAACAAUCAACAGAGGUCACGAAUAGGUAAUGAACAUUGGAAUUACCGAAUGCACAAACAUAAAACCCUUCUUUUUCUCAGAAAUGCUGAACUCGAGGGGCAACUAAGUGAGGGUUCACGCGAAAAGCAUGCGGCACAAGAAACGAUCGCGCGGCUCAAGAAUCAGAUUUGUGAGGUACUUGUAUAAUGAUGAAUGAGCGCCCCUUAUUACUCAAGUGUACCCCUUUUAGCUUGACGCACAACGCACCGACCAAGACACGAGGAUUACGACGCUCGAGUCCCGUUUCAUGACCGCGCAGAGAGAGUCCACUUGUAUCCGAGACCUCAAUGACAAAUUGGAGCAUCAGGUUGGUCCCCCGCGAGAGAGUCGGAAAAAAAAACAAAGCCAAUGUUCUUUUCAGCUUGCCAAUAAAGAUGCUGCGGUGCGGUUGAAUGAAGAGAAGGUGCACUCCUUGCAAGAGCGAUUGGAAUUGGCGGAGAAGCAACUUGCUCAAAGCCUGAAAAAGGCAGAGUCGCUUCCGUCGGUCGAGGCGGAACUUCAGCAGAGAAUGGAAGCACUUACUGCUGCCGAACAGGUUUGUUUUGUUUUGUUCGAUCUGUUAUACAAACUGACUGUUUUUUCCUUUUCAGAAGAGUGUUUCCGCUGAGGAACGCAUUCAACGAUUGGAUCGUAACAUUCAAGAGCUGACGGCCGAAUUGGAAAGGGCUGUGCAAAGGGAACGCAUGAAUGAGGAGCACAGUCAGCGGUUGAGCAGUACUGUCGAUAAGGUACAGAGCAGAAAAACAAAACGUUCAAAAGAAACUAGUGUUCUAUAUUUCAGUUGCUGUCCGAAUCUAAUGACCGUCUCCAACUUCAUCUGAAGGAGCGCAUGCAAGCUCUGGAUGAUAAGAACAGACUAACGCAUCAAUUGGAUGGAACUAAGAAGAUCUACGAUCAGGCUGAAAGGAUAAAAGAUCGGUUACAGAGAGAUAAUGAGUCUCUCCGGCAGGAAAUUGAAGCAUUGAGACAGCAACUGUACAACGCUCGCACUGCCCAGUUCCAAUCCAGGCACUGUUUCUCCAGUAAAAUUGUUCUUAACUAGAUAAUUGUAGGAUGCAUGCCAUUCCAUUCACUCAACCCAUUGUCCAAACCGUUCCGCAGCAACCAUCAAUUGCUCAGCAGUCUGCCUACCCGGUUUAUAAACAAACUCCGCCAUCGUAUGCGACAGUUGGAAUGAGAAGACCGAACAAGGGACGAACUGCAGCUCUUCAAGUAGUUUUUCCCAAUUUUUUUAAUCUGAUAUUCAUUCUUUUUGUUCAGGAGGACCCCAACAAAGUGCAAACUCUGAACGAACAAGAAUGGGACCGUCUCCAACAGGCACAUGUGCUUGCGAACGUCCAACAAGCAUUCUCAUCGUCUCCGUCGCUGGCUGAUGUCGGUCAGACAACCCUUCCACGUCCGAAUACCGCCGUACAACACCCACAAGAGGAAAUGAUGGCCGGAGGGAUCGGCAGCGGAAUGCAGGGCGGACAGGAUGCUCAUAUGCUGGCGUCGAUGUUGCAGGAUAGAUUAGAUGCGAUCAAUACGGAGAUCAGGUUAGUGUCCAGACAGACGAUAUUAUCAAACGGACGGUUUCAAGGUUGAUCCAACAAGAGAAACAUCACGCGGAACGGGUUGCCGAACAAUUGGAAAGAUCGAGUCGCGAAUUUUACGAUGAUCAAGGAAUCUCAACGAGAAGCUCUCCACGAGCAAGUCCCCAGUUGGAUGCAAUGCGGCAGCACAAAUACGCCACGGUUGGCAAUAAUUCAGACUUUUGUAAUUCAAUUACCCCGGAUUUAUCUUUCAGCUCCCCGCAAAUGUCACCGGAGACCGACGUUACGACAUUUAUGGUAAUCCUCAGUAUGUGGAUGACCGUAUGGUUCGGGAUUUGGACUACGAGCCACGGCGAGGAGGGUAUAAUCAAUUUGACGAUGUGAGUUGUGCCAAGCCGCACGCAGAUGAUUAAUGUUUGUUUCUUUGAAGAUGCAGUACGAACGGGAUCGAUUGAGUCCCGCUUCCUCCGUCGCUUCCUCGACAGAUGGCGUUCUGGGCAAGAAAAAAAGAUCGAAUAGCUCGAGUGGUCUGAAGACACUGGGGCGGUUCUUCAACAAGAAGAAGAACUCGUCAAGUGAUUUGUUCAAGUAAUACUGAAUUCAAGUGUAGAGUAUUUUCCAACUUCCAUUUGACUUUUCAGAAGGAACGGAGACGUUUAUUCCGACGGAGAGCAAUCGGGCACUGAAGGCAAUCAGAAGGCGGACUAUGACCGCCGGAAAAAGAAAAAGCAUGAGUUGCUGGAAGAGGCGAUGAAAGCAAGAACUCCAUUUGCUCUCUGGAACGGUCCCACAGUUGUCGCCUGGCUGGAAUUGUGGGUUGGAAUGCCUGCGUGGUACGUGGCUGCCUGUCGGGCAAACGUAAAGUCCGGAGCCAUCAUGUCAGCGCUGAGCGAUCAGGAAAUCCAAAAAGAGAUUGGGAUUUCGAACCCAUUACACCGACUGAAACUGCGACUGGCCAUACAGGAAAUGGUGUCACUGACUUCUCCAUCAGCCCCACGAACAGCACGAUUAACACUUGCAUUCGGAGACAUGAACCACGAGUACAUUGGGAAUGACUGGCUUCCGAGUCUCGGUCUUGCCCAGUACCGAUCGGCGUUCAUGGAAUGUCUUCUGGACGCGCGAAUGUUAGAACACCUCUCGAAACGCGAUUUGCGAACGCACCUGCGCAUGGUCGACACUUUCCAUCGUACAAGUCUCCAGUACGGAAUCAUGUGUCUCAAGAAAGUCAAUUAUGAUAAGAAAGUGUUGGCGGAUCGACGAAAGGCAUGCGACAAUAUCAACACAGGUAAUCGAAUCAUUUUGUGACGCACACGAAACAAUAACACUCGUUUUAUAGACUUGGUGGUGUGGUCAAACGAGCGAGUUCAGCGAUGGGUUGAGGAAAUUGGAUUGGGGUCAUUUUCAAGAAAUUUGGUGGAUAGUGGAAUCCACGGAGCGCUGAUUGCAAUGGAUGACACUUUCGACGCUUCCGCUUUCGCGUACGCGCUGCAAAUAGGAUCACAAGAUGCUUCGAACCGACAGGUAUGGAUUUAUUUCCCGAUAACUUUGAAAUAGUCGAUUGUUUCAGUUAUUGGAAAAGAAUUUCAUCGCCCUUGUUAACGAUCAUAGGCAACAAAGAAGUGCAGAUCCACACCCGGUAAUGCCGUGA